AUGCCUCCUCGCAGGUCGAACCGUCAGAAAGCUCCAGUCGAGCCAGAGAUCGUCGCUCAGCCCAAGCCCGCCAAAUCCAAGGCUACGAAAGGCAAGGCUAAACCCAGCAAGGCUGCUCCCCCGAACGCCCCUUCGACCGCCUCGUCCUUCGCGCGGGAAGUGUAUGAGACGCCGGAGCUCAGGCAGCGCAUCAUCGCGCUGUUGAGCCAGCAUGACUGGACAAGCUUCAUCCGGGUGGAAAGGAAGGUGAUGUGUGAUGUUGCCAAGGAGCUAUAUAGGACGGUGGACUAUGAUAGGGUCAGGUCGAAGAUGAGCUCGUCCACUCCUCGUCAACGCAUGUAUACCUCCGCCGUCCAUACCAUCAACGCCCGUAACAUCACGUCCCUCCCUUCCACUGUCCUCGCCAAGACCACCCUCGUCAUCUCCAGCAACAAGCACCGGGAGGAGGAGACCGAAGUCUAUCUCCAGCAGUACGAGCCCUCGGUCAUCAACGCCCUCGUACCCAGCCUCCAGGCGAAGUGCGAGAAUAUUCGCGUCAUCCUGAUGGGCGCAGAGUAUGAAGCGUUUGGGAAGGACUCGUGGGAGAUCCAUCUGGUGCGGAAGGAUGAAGACGCGGAGGGGAGGGUCGAAGAAGGGCAUGCGGACGGGAAGGAUGGGUAUGUCGACAUCAAUCGGACCGUCACGUUCGACCCCUCAUCGGAACCACCCACCGCCAUAGACCCGCCCUCUCUGCCGGACCGGCUCUCAGUCCGCUGGCGGUACGAUCUCAACCUCUACCACCAUCCCGGAACCAACAUCUUCAAGCCUGCACGCUCAUUGGUCGGCACGUAUGUCGAUCAGUGGCUAAAGACGCUGCGCGAAGCGUCUUGGCCGCUAGCCGUGCGGGCGGUCCACCUGGACUUUCUGCCAGUCACGCUAGACCAUCUUGGUGAGCUGUACGAGCGGCAGAUCUCGGCCGGAUGGGCGAGAGGGCUCGAGACCAUCAUCGCCCCUUGUCUCGUCGCCUGGAGCGUCGAUCAGCUCUCUAGCUUCUCCCUCCUCGCCGGUUCAUCCCUUACCUCUCUCGAUCUCGUCACCUCCUCGUACCUCGAGCGGUCUUUCAAUACGACCGUCUCCUUCGCGGACCUACCAUCCAUGACCACUAUCGUCCGGGACCAUCUCCCAAAUCUCAACACGCUACGGAUAGCGCUCCUCGGUAUCGAGACGGCGGAGGCUGACUGCCGAGCGGCCACGAAGGAGGGGAUCCUCAACGAGAGCGGGAGCGUCCGAGACCUCCGGAUCGUCACAGCCGAGCUUGACAAUACCCCUCCUCUCUUCAAUACCGUCCGCUACGCUUCUCGCAUGUGCACCGCGAUCGGCAACGCGGGCAUUGCGAUCGGUCCGCAUCUGCCCGAUGGGGACAGGAAGAAUGUGUGGGGGGAUCAGACCUUGUUCUUGGGAUACCUCAAAAAGCAACCUGACAUCCGUAAAGCGCACCUCCACACCAUCGACUUUUCCUCCCUCGGUCUCGCCAGCCCACGCGAGGUGUACGAUCUCACCUACACCGACGAGGGCGUUCCUCGGGGUCGCGCACAGAGCAUGGCGGCGUUAUGGGCGGGAGAGGUCCGUGGUCUCCUCGGCGAUGAGAAGGUCAAGGAGAUUGCAGGGUUUGAGACAAAGCUGGGCGAGGUAUUGGAGCGUUGCGAGAUGCUUGAGGUGACGCCGGUGCCUCUGAAGGAGACGCUGGCAAAGGUACAGGUGCUGCUGGAGACUGCCGGGGCAGCACAGAAGCUGGGCGGUAACACCGGGCCUGGUUUGGGGAUCAUGGUCAUUCAGUAUGAUAUCAUGGCGUUCGAAGCGUCGGUCAAGAAGCAGAUCAAUAGCCAGUAG